UCUCGGGGAGAGACGACUGUUGCCGCAGAGGGGCGGCCUUGCCCGGCUAGGCUGGGUCGGCGCCUCUCUCUUUUUGCUCUUCCUUCGGCGCUUUCAGACGAGCAUCCUGAGGAAGAAGCUGCUGGCGAUCGGGGUUGUUUUGCUCUGCAGGGCCUGCCCAUUCCUGCCAUGGCAACGAUCGUGUCCGAAAAGCUCAGCCGCCUCUUCAUCAAUGCCCAGCACUUCUGGAAAGUCCCUCUGCUGCUGGAGGAGGCCCUCCCCUCAGCCUCCUGCACGGUGGAGGCAUCGGACGUGCCCCGGCUUUUCCAGAAGCCCUACAUCCAUGCUGGCUACCGGCCCCUCAACAAGACCUGGAAGUACUACUUCCUCUCGCUUUUCCAGCGGCACAACGAGGCCAUCAAUGUCUGGACGCACCUGGUGGCCGCCUUGGUCCUGGUGGUGAGGUUCUGGCGGCUCUCACAGGCAGUGGACUUCCUUGGUGACCCUCACACGCAGCCCCUCUUCGUCAUCGCCGCCUCUUCAGUCAUCUACACAACCUUCAGCACCCUGGCACACCUCCUGCAGGCCAAGUCUGAGUUCUGGCACUGUGCGUUUUUCUUCCUAGACUACGUGGGCGUAGCCACAUACCAGUACAGCAGUGCUUUGGUGCAUUACUACUACGCUAUUGAGCCAGAGUGGCACGCAAGGGUUGCGGGCUUCUACAUCCCGGGAGCCAUUUUGCUUGCGUGGCUCUCAUGUGCUGGCUCCUGCUACGCCAAAUACAGGAGCCCUCACCUCUCUUCCCUAGGGGGCAGGCUCUGCCAGGAAAUGCCCUCUGCCCUGGCGUACGCUUUGGACAUCAGCCCGGUGCUUCACCGCAUCUAUGUCUCCCCUUCCUCCGGACUCACAGACGUGGCUGUUUUAUACCACAAGUGCCACGUCCUCUUUUUUCUGAUUGCGGCCUUCUUCUUUGCCUACCCCUACCCCGAAAAGUGGUUUCCCGGGAAGUGCCACUUUGUGGGCCAGGGGCACCAGAUCUUCCACGUCUUCCUGAUGCUUUGCACCCUCACCCAGGUGGAGGCGGUGCUUCUGGAUUAUGAAACGAGGCGGCCCAUCUACUCACGGCUCCACGGCGACCUGGCUCCACUUUUUUCUUUGCUAUGCCUUUUGGUGGCGUCCGGCUGCUUCUUUAUGGCCCUCCACAUGACUGCCAGAGUGCAGCGCAAACUGCAUCAGAAAGAGGAGUGAGAAGGACAGAGUGGAGGAAUAGAGGGUGGGUGGGUUUUGGUCUGCCAGUUUCCUUGUUCUCGCUUUGGGUGUGCCCGUGUCACUGUAAUUCAGGGGACUGGAGAUUUUUGCCUGGCACAGCUGGUGUUUCUUCCUAUGGUUAAGAGCACGUCGCUUGCUCACUUCUGGGUUGCUUACUACAUCCGAGCAGCAGCAAGGGUGUGUCAGAUAUUGCACCAGAAAGGAAGUGACAUGAGCACAGCCAUCUUGUGGGAGGAAGAGGCCUGUUUCCUGGAUGCAACAGGACUUUCCAGGAGGUGGUUCUGUUUCCCCCUGCCUUCCCUUUGAGAGAGACAGUUAAUCAUACACUUAAUAUGUCUUCCCUUCUGGUCUUCUCAAUGGUGGAAGAGUUCCAGGAGAGAUGGACGAAGGCUAGCACCAGGUCCAUACCUGACUAGGUGGGAGGGUCCUUCAAGCAUCAACGGCCUCUGGGCACAUGCCAACUUUGCUCCAUGCCAAAGUCAUCCCUCGAUGCUCUUUCGGCAUGCCUGACCUAUGCAGUCACAGACUCCCUAGUGCAUCUCCACAGCUGCUGGGGGAAGGGACCCUAGCAAGGUUGGGUCAGACUGUGGUGCCUUUACAGCUUGCCUUCUGGCUUUCCACAAGGUAGGGGUUUCCCAGAGAAAAGUAACAUUCCUGUUGGGUGCAGCAACAACCAUCCAGCUAGUUGGGAAGCUGCCAUGUGUACGUGCCUUAAGGAGUGGAACCCCAUAACCCUUUGGAUGGGAUAAAGCCGAAUUGUAAUAUUUGGAGUAAAACUCACCCUAGUAAUUUAGGUGAAUGUGAUGCACCCAGGGGAAAAUGAGUGUCUUGUAUGUGUUUGUCUAGAGUAGGGCUGGCUUUUGUGGCUGGCUUUUAAAAGUAAAAUGAACACAUACACACACACACACACACACACACACACACACUUGUUAGGCCAAAGGACCAAUUAAAGCAGGGAGAUGGGGACCCUUUUUCAUCUUGAAGCUGGAAUUCCUUUCUGGGCAACCUUCCAGGGACGGAGACAAAAGUGGGCAUCCUUUGUACAGGAUGCUAAUUCCUAAACACCCACAACCCUCUGUCCUCCAUCCUCCAUCCAGGCAAGCAAAGAGGCGUUAUCAGAGUUCAAUGACAUGUUUCAGCCAACCAAAGAGACUCAAGGAGGAUGCAAAGCUCAGCUGGCGAUGGGUGUAGCUUAGGAGUACAUAUGGCCUGGUGACAGUCCAGUUCCUGCUGGAGACAUUCCCCAUCCCUGAUCUAAAGCAACAUUCUGUCUUCAGCAGGAACACAGGAAGCUGCCAUACCAGCCCAGGCCAUGUGACCAUCUACCCCAGCAUUUACUCUGACUGGCAGCUGCUCCUUUUCACUGGAGGCAGCCAGGAUUCGACCUGGGCCCUACUGCCCUCUGCUCUGCCGCUGAGCACAUGUUCCAUCCCCAGCCAGAGAUCCCUGUAAAGCUCUUUGGUAGGGUGUUUUGGGGAUAGCACUUCCCUGAACAUCAGGGUGUACUUUGCCUGGAAGUGCCAGCUCAGUUGGUGGAGCAUGAGACUCUUAAUCCCAGGGCUGUGGGUUCGAGCUCCACGUUGGGCAAAAAGAUUCCUGCAUUGCAGGGGGGUUGGACU